AUGUAUAGCAGACUUUCCCCUUCACAUUUAUUACGGAAGACUUUCCGUCCUCCAAUAUUUUAUGCCCAUGGAAGCGCUUCAUCCUCAUUCCGACCCUCAUCUUCGUCGCAGUCAUCCCCUAACAAUUCCGGCCAUACAACUACGAAGUCAUCUAAUGAGCCAACAUCGAAUCUAUCUGACGCAAAACUUCGCCUCUUGACAUCUUUAUACCACCAGGGUGGAGAAUUUGUAACGCCAGAGAAUCUAGACCAGAAAUUCCAUGAAGCAUUCGUUCCCAAAAUGGCCAUGGACGCCGGCCGACAAAUUUUCAACUAUUCCAGCCUUGAGCAAGCCGUAGAGGGUAGGAGAUCACUGCCUCACCUGCGGCCCGCUCCUAUCUUCCACAUGUCCGCUUCUGAAAAGAGGGACACUCCGGCAUCGUAUGUUGUGAGUACCCCCAGUGCGAGGGUAAUGGCAGAGACGGUAGCGGCGAUGGCAGGGACAACUGUCAUAGGAAGUCACGCAGGCUUUGUUGGAUUGGAAAUUGUGAAGGAGGAGCUCGCUCAACGUGUUAAGGAAGAAACGCAAAAUUCGGAGGAUUCCUCUGCUACCUCAAAGGAUCCAUCUCUUUGA